UCCGGAAAAUGAAGAGAAAACAAGAGGACUUGUGAACAAGAACGCAGAUAUAAAUAACAGAGUUCAGGCAGGAACAGGUUUGAACUUAUGGAAAUUAAGGUACAUGAGGUAGCAAAAGGGAGUCAGUCUUCAUGUUCGUAUUAGGUGGAUAGUUAUCAUUUGGCUUAGAGAAGCAGCUGCUAGCUAAUUACUAGCUACCCAUGACAAUAUCUCAUCUUUCAAAUAUUUCAUCUGGCACCGAAAGAAGCAGUGCUGCUACUCCUCUAAUUGAAGCGGGAGAUGACAGUGUUAAUGGCUCCGUUGACUACAAAGGCAACCCAGUUCACCGAUCCACCUCAGGUGGCUGGAGAUCAGCCUCUUUCAUCACAGCUGUGGAAGUUGCAGAGAGGUUUGCAUAUUUUGGGAUAUCUUCGAACCUUAUAACGUACUUGACGGGUCCUCUUGGUCAGUCCACGGCCAGUGCCGCCGCCAAUGUGAAUACGUGGUCUGGCACGGCCACGUUGCUGCCUCUUUUAGGAGCCUUUGUUGCCGACUCUUUUCUUGGCCGUUACCGGACUAUUAUUGCCGCUUCUCUCAUCUACAUCUUGGGACUAGGCUUGUUGACAUUAGCAGCCACGCUAACAUCUGACAGUGUUCAUGACUUUCAAAACAUCAAAGAUGCCAUGUUAAGUACUCCUUCUCAGUUUCAAGUAACAUUGUUCUUCUUCUCUAUAUAUCUAGUAGCAUUUGGUCAAGGUGGGCACAAGCCCUGUGCUCUGGCAUUUGGAGCUGAUCAAUUUGAUGGACAGAAUCCAAAGGAGAGUAAAGCUAAAAGCUCAUUUUUCAAUUGGUGGUACUUUUACUCAUCAGUUGGUGUUAACUUAACUCUCGUCGUGAUGGUCUACAUCCAAGAUAACCUCAGUUGGGCCCUUGGAUUUGGAAUCCCUUGUAUCGUGAUGACGACGACCCUGCUUAUUCUCUUGCUUGGAAGCAGAACUUACAGGUAUAGUGUCAAUGGGAAUGAGAAAAAUCCAUUUAUGAGAAUUGGUCGGGUGAUUCAUAGAGCAAUUAGAAACCGACACACAACUCCUCCUUCAGCUAUGCCUGGUGAAGAGGAUGCUUGCCAGUGGCAUCAAAGUCACGAGCAAUUCAAGUUCCUCAACAAAGCGUUGCUUGCACCAGAUGGUUCAUUGGUAGAUCAAAAUGUGUGCAGUGUCAGUGAUGUAGAAGACACAAAAGCGUUGUUGAAACUUGUCCCAAUAUGGAUCACAAGUUUGGCUUAUGCAACUGUGUUUGCACAGACCACAACUUUCUUCACAAAGCAAGGAGCUACGCUGGACAGAACAAUUGUCUCAGGCUUCAAAAUUCCAGCUGCUUCACUUCAAAUCUUCAUUGGGUUUGCCAUCAUUCUGUUUAUCCCAGUAUACGACCGCAUUGUUGUCCCUAUAUCACGAGGUCUAACCCGGAAACCUUCUGGCAUUACAAUGCUUCAAAGAAUUGGAACAGGAAUGGUUUUCUCAGCAAUUUCCAUGGUAACUGCAGCUCUUGUUGAAAUGAAAAGACUUGAAACUGCCAAAGAGCAUGGGCUGGUUGAUCUUCCAAAUGUGACAGUUCCGAUGAGUAUUUGGUGGUUGGUUCCUCAGUAUAUCCUAUGCGGUAUUGCUGAUGUGCUCACCAUUGUUGGACUUCAAGAGUUUUGCUAUGAUCAGGUCCCAAAGGAACUAAGGAGUCUGGGUAUCUCACUCUACCUCAGUAUCCUAGGAGUAGGAAACUUUUUAAGUAGCUUUCUUGUCUCUGUCAUUGAUGAAGCAACAAGUGGAGAUGGUCAAGAGAGCUGGUUCGCCAACAAUCUCAACAGGGCACACCUUGAUUAUUUCUAUUGGCUGCUUGCUGGUCUUAGUGCUUUGGGAUUCUCUGCCUACUUGUACUUUGCUAGAUCAUACGUUUAUAACAGGGAAAGAGCAAUUUAGAUUUAUUCUCUCGCCGUUACUGCCAAUCGGUAAACAAAAAGAGAUUUCGAAAAGAUCAUUAUUAUUUAAAGGGAAAAGAAAGAAUUGAAGAUUCAUCUGA